AUGAGGACGCCGCUAUCUCACCUUCUCUCGGCCCUGCCUGGGCCUGGUCAACCGCCCACUGACCAAACACAGUUUACGGCACUCGGACAUGAUGCUGAUAACAAUGAAAUCCCAUUCCCAACGGGGCAGCCGGAACCCCGGCCCAUGACCCAACGGGUCGAGAAUGCGUGGGAUACACUUCGUACAACGAAGAACGCAGUUCUUCAGUCGGAGAAGUCAAGAGGAUUACUAGGGACUGCUGUAUACUUUGGCCGCCAAACUUUCCGAUUGCUGUUCUUGAACAGCCCGAGCACCGAAAAGCCCGAGCGCAAACUGGAUCCAAGGCUUGUAGGGGCAGUGCAGGAGCUGAAAGCAGCCGCAGACGAAGACCGUGACCCCGACGCGAUGUUCUUGUUGGCAGAAAUGAACUUCUAUGGCAACUUCUCCUACCCCCGCGACUUCAAGGAGGCCUUCCACUGGUAUCAUGAACUGGCAUGGCUGGAUGGAAACCAUACAGCACAGAACAUGGUUGGAUUCAUGUAUGCGACGGGAAUCGGGGGUGCCGUCGAACCCGACCAGGCUAAGGCCCUUAUGUACCAUGAGUUUGCAGCGGAAGGAGGGAAUACUCGUUCUGAGAUGACACUUGCAUAUCGCUAUCACACCGGGAUCGGAACACCUAAGGACUGCGAUCACGCGAUCUUCUACUAUAAGAAAGUCGCAGAUAAGGCGAUCGAAUACUACCGCUCAGGUCCACCGGGUGGUAAUACGAUAUCUCGGGAAUCUUAUCGCUGGGCAGAUGAAGAGGGUGGUGUCUACGGCCCUGGAGCCAGUGAAUCGAGUUCGGGGCUGAAUGCUCGGGACUCUGCCAACGCCAUCCCCGAGGCUAGCGUGGAAGAUAUCUUGGAAUACUUGGACCUCAUGUCCCGGAAGGGUGAACUGAAGGCUACCUACAGCCUUGGAAAGAUGAAUUUCGAUGGCGCCCGAGGCUUACCGCGCAACUUCCGACGGCUCGAUAAGCUGGCAUCCAAAGCCGCAGGACAUAUUGGUUUGAUGUAUCUCCGCGGAGAAGGUGUGGAGCAACACUAUCCAACCGCCCUCACUUGGUUCCGACGUGGUGUUGCGAAUGGGGAUGCUCUGUGUCAACAUUGGAUGGGUCUGGUGUAUCUCCAUGGCUACGGGGUUCCGAAAGAUGGCUUCAAGGCAUCUGAGUACUUCAAAGCGGCGGCAGAACAGGACCUUCCGGCGUCAGAGUCACGAUUGGGCGCUCUGUUCUUGGACCAAGGAGAUGUGGCGACCGCGACUCGUUACUUCGAGCUUGCCGCCCGCUGGGGAUGGAUGGAGGCAUACUAUUACCUGGCAGAGAUGGCCCACUUCGGCAUUGGCAGACAGCGACACUGUGGCGUGGCUGCCGCCUAUUAUAAAAUGGUUGCCGAAAAAGCAGAGAUCGUGCACUCGGCCUUCGGCGAGGCAAACGAUGCCUACGAGGCCGGUGAUAAGGAGGGUGCUCUCAUUCCAUCCAUGAUGGCGGCCGAACAGGGCUAUGAGAAUGCACAGGCAAACGUGGCUUACCUGCUUGAUGAGCAUCGCUCUGUGCUCUCGCUCAGUUCCAUUCUUCCAUGGGCGGAGAAAGCUCGGUCCUCUCUGCUGCGUAAUGCGGCAUUGGCGUUGAUUUACUGGACCCGAUCGUCGAAGCAAGCCAACAUCGACUCCCUGGUUAAGAUGGGCGACUACUACUUGUCUGGUACGGGUACGCCCAUCGAUGCUGAGAAGGCCUCAACCUGUUACCACAAUGCCGCCGAAGCGCAUCACAGUGCACAGGGCUACUGGAACCUGGGCUGGAUGUACGAGAAUGGGGUAGCCGUUGAACAGGACUUCCACAUGGCUAAGCGAUAUUAUGACUUGGCUCUCGACAUUAGCCCUGAAGCGUACCUACCAGUCAAGCUCAGCCUGAUCAAGCUUCGGGCCCGGGGAUUCUGGAACCGCAUCACCAAUGGAAAUAUUAACCCCAUCCGCGAGGAGGAAGAACCAAACCCCCGUCGCACAUUCAGCGAAUGGGUCAAUGCCUUUAUCGAAAAUGACGAGGAGGGCUAUUAUGAUGAUCUUUACGAUCAACAGCGGGCAGACGAUGAAGAGUACCCUGGCUUGGAAUCCGACAGCCAUGAGGAUGGCUACUAUGAUGAUCUCGAUCUUGACAUUGAUGAGGGGAUGCUUGAAGGCCUUCUCAUUGUCGGACUAGCUGCUACACUGUUGGUGUUGGUUUACUUCCGGCAACAGCAGCAGCGUAAUCGCCAGAAUGAGCACGCCAAUGCCAAUGCCAAUGGCCAGAAUGGGAAUGGAAAUGCGAACGAUCGUGGCUUCUUCCCGCAGCCUGGCGAUCCGAACUUUGGGCAGUGGGUGGCUGGAGGAGUUGGUCAUUGA